GUAAACCACUGGCCCCUGACUAAUCCAGUUCGAGCCGGUUUAAAGUGUUUUUUUAAAAGAACAUUCGGAGAAAAAAGGCACAGAAUUUACUUUCAGAUUUGAUGGCAAAAGCCAUGUCACACAGGCAGAGAGAGAACAGAACCACGUAGGCAGAAGAACCUUUGGACAAUCAUCAUGCAGAUAUGACUGCGUUAGUGAAUGUUUUUGUCUAUUUGCAAGAUUCAGUAUAAUUUGAAGAAGGAAGCAUAGGAUACAAAAUGAAUUCAUCUGAGAUGAAGAACACAAAGAAAGCCGUGAGACUCCUUCAGGCUAAAGGAUCUGUCCCACUUGAGCCCAGAUGUGCGUCCAUAAAGAGUAACCAGACAAUGGGCAGAAUAACAGACUUAAGAGAAGAUGAUGACUCUGCUGAGCUCAGUUUGAUUCAGAGAAAAGAAACAGACUCCGCUGAACACAGCCAUGUGUCUAUGAAGAGUGAUCGGUCGAUGGGCAGAGAAAUAGUGUUCAGAAAGGAGGCCUGCUCUACUGACCUGAGUUUGAUUCAGAGAAAAGAAACAGACUCCGCUGAACACAGCCAUGUGUCUAUGAAGAGUGAUCAGUCGAUGGACAGAAUAAUACAUUUCAGAAAGGAGGCCUGCUCUACUCACCUGAGUUUGAUUCAGAGAAAAGAAACAGACUCCGCUGAACACAGCCAUGUGUCUAUGAAGAGUGAUCGGUCGAUGGGCAGAGAAAUAGUGUUCAGAAAGGAGGCCUGCUCUACUGACCUGAGCAGAGUCCAGGAGGAAACAUUAGAAACUUCCAGGAGAAAAAUGGAUUUCAUAUUUAAGGAGCUAGAGCACAAAGUCAUCUCUUUGGUAAAGAAUCAGCUGAAGAUGUUUGUGAAGCUACUGAGUUUGGAUUACCCAGCGUGCUCUGAGAGAGAGGAGGAGGAUGAGAGCAGCAUUAGAGAUGGAGCACUGAAGAUCACACUGCAUGUCCUCAGGAACAUGAACCAGACAGACCUCGCUAAUAUGCUACAAACUAAACUGGCUCCUUCUUGUCAUACAAAGUUUAAACAUACACUGAGUGAAAAAUUUCAGAAAAUAAAUGAAGGAAUCUCAAAUACUGGAACCUCAGCACUUCUGAAGGAGAUCUACACAGAGCUGUACAUCACAGAGGGUGGGACUGGAGAGGUUAAUAAUGAACAUGAGGUCAGACAGAUUGAACUAGCGUCCAGGAGACCAGCAACACAGGACAAGCCCAUCAAAUGCAACGACAUCUUUAAAGACAAAUCCAUCAGAAGUGUACUGACUAAAGGAGUUGCUGGAAUUGGAAAAACAGUUUCUGUGCAGAAGUUCAUUCUGGACUGGGCUGAAGGAAAAGCCAAUCAGGAUGUUCUCUUCAUAUUUCCACUUCCUUUUAGAGAGCUCAAUUUGAUGAAGGAGAAACACCUGAGUCUGUUGGCACUUCUUCGUCAGUUUUUCACAGACAUAAAAGAAUUGAAACCAAGGAACUAUUAUAACUACAAAGUUAUGUUCAUCUUUGAUGGUCUGGAUGAGUGUCGACUUCCUCUAGAUUUCCAGAACAAUGAGAGCGUAUUUGAUGUAACACAGUCGGCCUCAGUGGAUGUGCUGCUGACAAACAUCAUCAAGGGGAAUCUGCUUCCCUCUGCUCUCCUGUGGAUAACUACUCGACCAGCAGCAGCCAAUCAGAUCCCUUCUGACUCCAUUAACCAGAUAACAGAGGUACGAGGGUUCAGUGACCCUCAGAAAGAGGAAUACUUCAGGAAAAGGAUCAGUGAUCAGAGCCUUGCUGAAAGAAUCAUUACACACAUGAAGUCCUCAAGAAGCCUCUACAUCAUGUGCCACAUACCAGUCUUCUGUUGGAUUGCAGCCACUGUUCUAGAGAGGAUGUUGGGUGAGGCAGAGAGUGGAGAGAUCCCCAAGACUCUGACUCAAAUGUUCACACAAUUCCUUGUGUUUCAGAUCAAUCAAAGCAACCAAAAAUACCACAGAAAAAAAGACAUGGAUCACAAGCAGACUACAAAGAUAAUUUUGGCUCUGGGAAAGCUGGCUUUCCAACAGCUGGAAAAAGGCAACCUGAUCUUCUAUGAGGCAGAUCUCAGAGAGUGUGGCAUUGAUGUCAGUGAAAUGUCUGCGUGGUCAGGAGUAUGCACUCAGAUCUUCAGAGAGGAGUUUGGGCUAUACCCGGGGAAGGUUUUCACCUUUGUUCAUUUAAGUGUUCAGGAGUUUCUGGCUGCUUUAUAUGCAUUUCUGUCUGCAGUCUCCAACAACAGAGAUGUGCUGCUACAGCUAAUCACACCAGUUUCUUGUUUCUUCAAAAAGUCAAAAUCUGACUUCUUUAAGAGUGCAGUGGACAGGGCCUUACAGAGUGAGAAUGGACACCUGGAUCUUUUCCUCCGCUUCCUUCUGGGCCUCUCACUCAAGUCCAAUCAGACUCUUUUACAAGACCUACUGCCAGGUACUGUAAGCAGGUUUUAUAGCAAAAAGGGAAUUAACAUGUACAUCAAAGAGAAAAUCAGGCAGAUUCCCUCUCCAGAGAAAACAAUCUGUCUGUUCCACUGUCUGAAUGAACUGAACGAUCAUUCUCUAGUUCAGGAAGUGCAAAACUAUCAGAACAGAGGUUUACAUGGAGCUAAGCUCAGUCUUGCUCAGUGGUCAGCUGUGGCAUUCGUGAUUCUGAAUUCAGAAGAGGAACUGGAUGUGUUUGACCUGCAGAAAUUUGACAAAUCAGAGGAAUGUUUUCUGAGGCUGCUGCCAGUGGUCAAAGCAUCCAGGAAAGUUGUGCUGUUUAAUUGUAGUCUGACAGAGAAAAGCUAUGCAGCUCUGGCCUCAGCUCUCAGCUCAGACUGUUCAAGUUUGAGAGAAAUGGAUUUGAGUUACAGUGAACUGAAGCAGGAUAUAAGUGUCAAGUUGCUCUCUGCUGGAUUGGAAAAUCCACACUGUAAAUUGGAGAAACUGGGGCUGUCUAACUGCAGUAUUGGAAAGGAAGGCUGUGCUACUCUGGUUUCAGCUCUGAAUUCAAACGCCUCACACCUAAAAGAGUUGAAUCUGAACUGGAAUAAUCUAGGAGAUUCAGGAGUGAUGCUACUCUCUGGUCUACUGGAGGAUCCACACUGUAAACUGGAGAAUCUACAGCUGUUUUCUUGUGAUCUCACAGAGAAAAGCUGUGCAAUUCUGCUCACAGCUCUCAGCUUAAGCUCCUCUAGUUUGCGACAGCUGAAUCUAGGUAACAAUGAACUGCAGGAUUCUGGAGUGAAGCUGUUCUCUGCUGGACUGGCAAAUCCACACUGUAAACUGGAGAUAAUCUGGCUCUGUAACUGUGGCAUUGGAGAGGAAGGCUGUGCUGCUCUGCUUUCAGCUCUGAAUUCAAACCCAUCACAUCUGAGAGAGCUAAAUCUCAAUUCCAAUAGAACAGGAGGCUCAAGAUUGAAGCUCUCUGCUUUGCUGGAGGAUCCAUUCUAUAAACUGGAGAAACUACACAUCUGAACACUACACACACCUGUCCUGGUAUGAGUCUCACACACUGGAGGUUUAUGAGGAGAGGAUGAAGUCCAACAGUACAAAGACAAACACACAUACACAGUAUGUGAGUCUGCAUAGUAAUGUGUGUGUUUGGGUCCGUAUUGGUCACAUCUGUGAUCAUGGCUGACACAGGUUGUCAUCCUUGACCAGAUUAGAAAUAGGACCAAAAAAGCAGGUCAACAAAGAGCUAAGAGAAAUGGAGAAGAAGAGAGCAGGAAAAAUGAUUGAAGGGGUAAGGCAGAGCACCCCAGUUUCCCCCUUCCACUUAUUUUAGAAAUUACGUUUUUCAGUAGCAUGAACAGUGAUUGUUUAAGACUCUUUUGACUGUAGCUGAAAUCACACUUUAGAGUUCUUCAGUUCAAGUGUUUGACAAAUCACUGAAUUCAGCUCAUCUAAUCUUAUGUUGGACAGUGAGUAGAUGGUUUCAUCAGACCAUUCUAGGGUCUGCUUUCAUAGAGAUCUGAUUUGGUCAUCUGACAUCUUUAUAGGCUGUUUUGUUUAAAAGAUCAGAUUAGGUCAAUUUGACAUCUGUGUUUGUAAACACUUUUGUACGUUUACAGAGGAUCAAGAAGACCCACUUUGGUCAGUUUGUCUCACAUUUGUUUUUGGACAGGAUAAGGCUGCUUACGUUGCUUCAGUUAGUUGGUUGGACUUUAUUGUUUUAAUUGAUUUCUCUAAUGGGAUGUGUUUUAUGCACCCUGUUCCUGUCAUUGGUUUGUGUUUUAGAGCAUGUGUGUGCUCCCCAUAGUGUUCCAGAGCUGUGCUCAUUUGUUAAAUUUAGGAUGUAAGUGAUAUUUAGAUUUAUAUUUACAAUCUGCCUAUGGCAGUUUAGUGUUGUAAUGAAUUCUGUUCGAUUUAUAGUCUUCUGUGCAGUGUUCCAAUUUGCUUUACUUGUUUAACCAGCAUUAGUGACUAGAAUUUUGAUUGUAGUAUUUUCACUGUAGUAAUUUGAGUGUGUUUUACCCUGAUUAUUAGUUGUCCACAAAUUUUUCAGUGUUGUAAUUUAAAUGUUGAUUGUAUACAGAAUUUGUAAAUUUGUCAACUGCACAUAUUUUUAAGGUUGGGGUGUUACAAGCCUUUCUGUGAGCGUGCCUGUGGCCAGUUUGUGUGUUUUUCCUCUGUUUUGUUGCAUAAUGUGCAGGUUUGUGAAUGACCACACAGGGGCACCCUCCUGUGUAAUAGGUCUACAAGGCCCAGCACCAUUUCACCCCUCACCCCUACCACUUAGCCCUUAGCCCUCUGUUCUGCACAUUCAUACUCAGGGGUAGGAUGUUCCAAUUGCUGUUGAGAUAGAGGGGUAGGGUGAAGUGUUAGGGCUGCAUGGCCCUCUAAACGGAGGUUUCUCAGAGACUCGCUACAAACAGAGUGCUACGAAAAAAAACAGAAAAACUGGCAAGAUGGCUGCACGAGUGACCAAAGACAAAAAUAUGAUAAACAUUGUGUUAUCUUUGUUCAAUGUCGUUUCAAUGUAUUAUGGUAAUUUUCUUUUUUUUUUAUUUGAGGGUCCCAUUUCAUAGGGGUCAGCAACAUGCACUUCCAGAGCCACAUGAGGCUCUUUUACUGCUCCCUUGUGGCUCCACAGCAGAAUUAGAUUUUUGUGAAAAAUAAAAUAAUCUGUUGCAGUAGGACUAUUAAACAAUAGUUUAUAUAAUCAAUUAUAUAAUUAAAUAAAAAAAUAGACAUUAAAUUGUGAAAAGUGAUAUUUGAUUGUGAAAAAGGCAGCAUUAGCACGAUAACUACUGAUCUAAAAAGCCCCGUUUGGAAACACUUUGGAGUGGGUCAGUGGAUGCCAAAAUUGUGGAAAUUUGAGAUAAAGUUUAAUGCUAAUGAUUUUUACUUUCUAUAGUUGCAGUAUUGUUUGGUGCUGAUUUCUUGCCAAUACCAAAAUGUUAACUAGUGCUUUUCCUUGGUUGCAUUAAAAAGUACACAGAUCUAAUUAAAGUGGAUCAGGUAGAAAUUUUUCACAUUUGCGCAAGUUUAGUGCUUUUCCCCUCAUGAAAAAGGUUAAAAUUCGUGUUAUACAUCACAUCUCAUAACCUUACAAUCUCCAAAUCCUGAAGUUUAUUAGAUGUGAAUACAUCUGUCAGCCAUCUGAGUACAGUUUACAUAUGGAGAAAAAUGUUAUUUCCCAGUUUACAACACCCCUCAAGCACAGCAUUAUUUCAUGAAGGGGAGCAUUAUUUUGAGGGGCAACUGAAACUGAUGCAACACUUUUAUUGUACUGGUUUGCCUUCUUAUGGAUGGGUCACUUUGUGAUAUCAUCUGAGAAACCAAGUACAGUGAUAGUGCAGGUCAAUAAAUAAAACACCAGCCAAAUGUUUUAAAAGUAAAAGUGACAACUAAACCCAAAAAUUAUAAAUUUUAUUGAUGAUCAGUUCAUAUUUUGGUUAAUUGAAAACUGGGUAGGAACUAUAUUAAGAUCAUUUCUACACCAAAGAACAUUUCUGAACAUUAUUGCACCUCAUAUUAGGGGAAAAAAGACAAAACAGCGGUUUUUCAGAGCUUAAUGACAUUAUACAUUAUAAGGACGGUUUUCUUUUUGUUUUUAUAUUCAUGGUGAGUAAGGAAGAGUGGAAGGUUUGAUAAUGAUUAGUUGAUGAGCUAAAUUAAGUUUGUUUUAAGCUAACUUUGAAGUGCCGUGACCUGCCCUGACUGAAACUAAAGAAUUCAAAACUAAAGUGCCUGAUUUAAGCUACAGCCAAAAGAUUGAGUCUCAGACUCUCACUGUUCAUGGCACUGAAUAUAAAGUGCUUUGCAUUCUUAUAUGGAAGCUGUUUUGCUGUUAGUUUUUUCUGUAUCUUCUGCCUCACACGCUGCCAUCUGCCUACAAAGUUACUGAUGAGGGAAGAACUUUCCCCAAAUUACCUCAAUCAUCUAGUUACGUUUAAUAGUAGAUCAAAAUCUUAAUAGUAAACUUAACAGAAUUACCCAUAGAAUUACAGUGAAACUUCACAGAUAUCAUUGCUGUAUUUCCGUGGUUCCCAAACUGCGGUAUGACAAAUAACGACCAAAUAACCGACCUUUGAUGUUUACACUUCAUUUAAGCUUCAUUUUACUCUAUAAGCAGGCUGUGCAAUAUCAUAGAUACCCCUGAUACAAAACAGCUCUGCACUUCAAUCACCAGCUCUGAAUGAGUUAGUGGGAUAUUUAUAACAUACAGCUCAUGACAACCUGCCCUUUGAUAGGUAUUUUGCUAUUAUUUGUUAUUUGCAUAAAAGGCUGUGUUGGAGAAGAAGGUGUUUCACUCUGGAGAAACUAACUUAAAGUUCAUUCAUUAGUUUAUCGUACACUGUUGUGUGUGUCAAUGAGGUAUCGUAUCAUUUAUUAACUGUUAAGAUGAUCCUUUUUAACCUUGCAUUUGAGUUAGUUUCCCUUUCGCAGAUGUGGUUCAGUGCUUAGCCAUUAGCAUUUUGGUUGGGUGUUUCCAGAGCUGGUUUGAGCUGUAGGGCUGUUGAAUCGAAACAGAUGAUGUUACUGUGAUAUACACCAUGUGUGGCAUCCGUUAACAUUUUGUUAUUGACUGUUCAUUUUACAGCCACAAUGCAUGUGUGCCCUCAUAUAAACCACUGUGCACUUGUAACUAACAUUAUUUAUGCAGUAUUAUCCAUAAUAUCUAGUGUGAAGUAGGAAUGGCUAUGGAUGUGCUGGUGUAUGACCGUAUGACCUAUUACUAAUACAUUUAUGCCACAUUUUUGGACCUCCUCAGCCAAAUCUAUUAUUUAGUUGAAGACAAGGAAAAGUCAGAACAGGUCUUUUCUGCAUGUAGUCCUCAUUUAAUCCAGUUUUUCCAUUUCUUAAAAAAGGAGAAACCUAGCAUCUUAACGAUCCACAAUAUGCAACACUAAAGUGUAUACUGUGUAUUAUGUAUAUUAAUUUGUAACAAUGUUCAAUGUAAUUAGUUCAUUCCUAACAUUAUAUACAACAUAUGUACGUGUACAAAUGUAUAUCUUAUGAAUCCUGUACAUUCUGAAAAUAAAAAUGUAUUAAACAAAAAAUGAUUUAAUAAACAUUGAUGUAUCGUACCCAGGAA